AUGAGAUGUCCCAGUGGUUUUAAUCGAUGUAUCAGUGCCAACUAUGCCUCCGAGUGCAACAAUCACUUGUAUCUCACUGCUGCAGCAAAAUGCGAAAGCACAUGCCCGGAUGGCUUCUAUCGCUCCCCAAUCCAUGGCAAACCGAUUGGCCGAGAGUGCCCUCGUUGCCAUGAAGAUUGCAACAAGUGUGAGAACGCUGAUGCCUGCUCCGAGUGCAAGAACAGCAAGUUUCUGAACCCGGAUCUUUGGUGUGAGACAGAUUGUCCCACUGGCUACUACAAGGUGGGCAAUGGAGAGAUUGGGAACACCUGUGAGAAAUGCCCGGAACAUUGCCGAAACUGUCUCGACAGUCAGACGUGCACAGAAUGUAUGGACUUCAAGUACUUGGCCCCAAGCAGGCAGUGUGUGGAGACUUGCCCUACAAAUACAUUUCACCUUGGAGAUGGUGAGGCAGGACGUGUUUGUGCCUAUUGUGAGAAAGGUUGCCAUAGUUGCGCCACGUCUACCCGUUGCUUGGAGUGCAACAGCUCUCUACAUCUGGACGAAGUCUUCAAUUGUGUUGAAGUGUGUCCUGAUGGUUUCUACCCCGAGGGAGAUGAAGAUCGAGGGCGCAGCUGCUUGAGUUGCCCUACCUAUUGCAGCAUUUGUUCAGGUCCAGACGUGUGCCUUGAAUGCAACGUUUUCCGCUACUUGAACCCCGACAGCAGUUGUCGACCAGAAUGUCCGGACGGCUUCUACAGACUCGGCAGCGGCUUUCAGACGGGUGGAACGUGUCCUCGUUGCUUCCACACCUGCAACAAGUGCGACUCGGCAGAUGUUUGCAGUGAGUGCAAAAACUUCACGUAUUUGACGCCUGACUGGAAGUGCAACUAUGAAUGUCCAGCUGGCUACUGGGAACGUGGCACUGAAGAGAUUGGUGGCACGUGUGAGCGAUGUUCCGACAAUUGUAUGGAAUGCACCAGUGCAGAAGUGUGCGAGGUUUGCCAGAACGGAUAUUUCUUGGAUAUCUCCAGUUCGACCUGCAAGAAAGAAUGCCCACCUGGUUUCUGGAGCAAGAUCCCAGAUCCGAAAGUGGAAACCGGGCGCACCUGCGAACUUUGCUCGUGGCCCUGCAACAAGUGCGAUUCGGCCAAGAUUUGUACGGAAUGCAAGGACUCCUCGUACCUCACGCCAUUCGAGACAUGUGAGUACACAUGCCCACCUGGCUACUACCCAGAUGGCAUUGGAGAGAUCAAUGUCACUUGCCAGCCAUGUUCGCAAAACUGCGCUACGUGCGAUACCUUGGAGGUCUGCACCGCCUGCAAGAAUGAGAAGUAUUUGAAUCCAGAUGGUUCAUGUCAGGACUUCUGUCCUGAUGGCUAUUGGGAACUUCCAGCAGCAGGUGGUGUUGGCAACGCUUGCCCACUUUGUGCAGAGAACUGCAGCCUGUGCACCAGCGCCACAGUAUGUCAGGAAUGUCGAAACUCGACAUAUUUGACGCACUACGACUGGUGUGAAGUAACCUGCCAGGAUGGCUGGUAUCACGAAGGCAUUGAGGAUAUUGGUCGGCAUUGCAAGGUAUGCGAUCCGACUUGUAACAAGUGCGAGGCGGAGGACUAUUGCACGGAGUGCAAGAGCUCCCUCUACUUGACCAGCAGACAUCUCUGUGAGAAGACCUGUCCGAAAGGAUUCUAUGCCAAUCGCACAAGAGCAGUGGGUGGUGAAUGUGAAACCUGCCCGGAGCAGUGUACUCAAUGCACCAGUGCUUCCACAUGUUCGGAGUGUAGGAAUGGUCUCUACCUGACACCCGACGGCUUCUGUGAGGAGAUGUGUCCAACUGGGCACUAUGCGAAAGUAGGGGAUCCCUUUGGAGUUGGUGGUACCUGUCCCAUGUGCCCAGAGAACUGCCAUGCCUGCAACAAUCCAGAGGAGUGCACCGUUUGCCGGCACUUCACUCACCUGACAGCGUACGGUCAGUGCAGGUCUGAAUGCCCUGCUGGAUACUACGAGAAUGGUACCGCAAACAUUGGUGGAAAUUGCAACAGGUGUCCAUCUCCAUGCAACCUAUGCGAGACCGACACGGUUUGCACUGAGUGUGCAGAGUCUUCGUAUCUGACUCAUACAGGCACCUGUUCGUACAAGUGUCCAGAUGGUUACCACUACGAAGGAACCGAGGACAUCGGACGGUUUUGCAAGAUUUGCCCUCCAACCUGUGUUACAUGCCUUGGUCAAGGGCAGUGCAAUCUGUGCCAGAACUACACCUACCUGACUCCCGACCAAACUUGCGAGUACACGUGCCCAGAUGGUCACUAUCGACAAGGCAUUGCAGAAACUGGCAACACUUGUCCUGCUUGUCCUGGUGACAUGGAGAGAUGUAUCAAUACAACCUAUGCCACUGAAUGCAAGAACAAGAGAUACUUGACGCCUGCAGCAAAAUGCGAAGAAGGCUGCCCAGAUGGUUUCUACAGACUUGGCGCUGGCGAGGUGGGCAGAUCGUGCCCGCGUUGCUCCACAAACUGCACGCUCUGUUCCAAUGCGACCACCUGCCACGAAUGCCAAAAUGGACAAUAUCUUACCCACACCAAUUGGUGUGAUCACGAGUGCCCAGAUGGCUACUACAAGUUUGGAGAAGGUGAUGUUGGGCGAAUUUGCAAGGCUUGCAAGGCUCCAUGCAACACCUGUCUUGGACCUGACUGGUGCACAGAGUGCAAGCAAGGAAUGUUCCUGACGCCCAAGGGCACAUGCGAACUGAGCUGUCCUGAUGGCUACUGGGCAUCUGUUGGUGCCAAUGGCGUUGGAGGUACAUGUGCAAUUUGCCCUGAGAACUGUGAAGAAUGCAAGACUGAAACGACGUGCACCGUGUGCACAAACAAUACCUAUUUGCAUGCAAAUGAAUGCAAAGGCAGGUGUCCAGAUGGUUGGUUCCACCUGGGAGAGGAUAUCUCAAAUCGAGAAUGUAUAUCCUGCAAACCGGGCUGCAGUCAAUGUUCCAAUCAGACCUGGUGCAGCGAGUGCAAGGAUGGUUUGUUCCUCACAGCCAAUGGCCAGUGUGAAUCUACCUGUCCAGACGGCUUCUUCAAUCUUCCUGGGACCAACGGUAUUGGUGGCGUGUGCCAGCUUUGUGCAGAGAACUGCACCAAGUGUGAAUGGUGGGAUCGGUGCUUGGAGUGCAAGGCCUCCAAGUAUCUCACUCACUACAAGUGGUGCACAAAGGCAUGCCCAGCUGGCUACUUUGAAGAUGGAGAAGGAGAAGUGGGGCGGGUGUGUGUCGCUUGUCCAGACAACUGCAAUACCUGCGAGAACAGCCUGCAUUGCACCGAGUGCAAAAACAACAGCUACUUGACACCGAUGAAGCAGUGCGAAGGUGAAUGUCCGAAUGGUUUCUUUCACGAAGGAUUCCGGGAAGUCGGGCGAACCUGCCAAGCGUGCAGUGCAAACUGCAACCAGUGCCUUUCUGCCACAGAGUGUCUCGAGUGUAAGGGCAACGCAUACCUCACUGAAGAGCAGGACUGUGCAGCCAGUUGCCCCAAGGGCUACUAUGGGCAAGGUGAACAUAUCAUUGGAAAUACCUGCCAGAAGUGUUCGAAAGACUGUGAAGAGUGUGAUGGUCUCGAGCUGUGCACAACAUGCGCCAACUCCACGUUCCUGACGGACAGCAAAUAUUGCGCAGGUGAGUGCACCACAGGCUUCAUUCAGACUGGAGACACAGCCAGUGGUCGUGUUUGCGAAGAGCUCUGCUUCUGGUGCAACGGAGGUUCAGAACAUUGUGAUGGCGAUGAAGAGCAUGUCGGGCUAGGCUGCUUGCUGUUGUGGGUCUUUUCGAGCGCAUCAGUGCAGGUGAUAGCAACUGACGUGUUCAGAUUUCAGCAGCCGCUAUUUGUCACGCUGUUUAACUCAGUGGUCGGGAUCAUCCUCUUGUGGCCGUACCUGCCAUGCAGGUCACAAGGUCAGAAAGGUGGAUCCAAACCCCUUCACCUUGAUGAUGUGACCCUCACGGCAACAGCCAGGAUGUCUUGCUCGGUUGGUGUGCUUUGGGUUUGCUCGCAGUGUAUGUACAAUGUCAGUUUGUUGCACACUUCUGUGGCAACCAACACCGUGCUUUCAUCCACGUCUUCAGUUUUUACAUUCCUCUUCUCCUUGUUGCUCACAGAGAGCAAAUUCAGGCGAUGGUCGUGCAUUGGGGUGAUCCUUUGCUUCCUGGGCUGUUGCUUGGUGGCCUGCCAGGCACCAGUGGAUGCAUCCGCCAGAGCUGUACAUACCACUUGGCCCGGGACGGUGCUUGCCUUGGCAUCUGCUGCAUUGUUCUCUCUUUGCUCAGUGCUUCUGGACAAGUUGAGUCCGCAGAACUUUGAUCCUGGACUCUUUCUAGGCCUCAAUGGAGUUCUGGCACUGGCAUUUACGCCAUUCAUAUUGGGUAUUGCCAAUCUGCUUCAGUUUGAGCUUUUGAGGCUCCCAGAUCGACAAGUGCUUGCGAUGCUGGUUUUGAAUGCAAGCCUGGGGUGCCUUUUUGCAAACUACCUCUACUCCUGCGCUCUCUUGAGGUUGAGUCCAACCAUGGCGAACUUGGGCCUUUCCCUCUCCAUUCCGCUCUCCGCGUCUGUUGAUGCAGUGGUGCUGAAGGAGCAUAGUUUUUCGACCUGGUGGUUUGCAGGUGCAGCCUUGACCUCCGCCGGGGUGGUUUGCGCCGCUUUGGAUCUGCAGCCAGAAGUGGAGAUGGCCCUGCCAGAAGAGCUGCAGUCCUUGGUGGACUGGGAGUCUCCGGAGGAGCAUUUGAUCAUGAGCAUCUUUGCCAGUGUGCCCAAGGCCCCUGCUGAUCCCAUCCUGGGAUUGGUGGCGAGAUUUAAGGCAGACCCAGCCGAAAAGAAGGUGAAUCUGAGCGUCGGCGCCUACCGCAGUGAAGAGGGCAAACCGUGGAUCCUUCCUUCGGUGGCUGAGGCAGAGAAGUUGGUUGUCAGUGACACCACCCAAGACAAGGAGUACCAACCCAUUGAUGGGAAACAAGAGUACAAGAGGGCGGUUCAAGAGUUGAUCUUCAGCAAGGAUGUCAUCGACAGUGGUUCGGUUGUAACCAUCCAGGCAUUGUCCGGCACCGGCUCGUUGCAGUGCAUUGCCCAAUUCUUGAAAUUUAUGGGCGUCACGAAGGUCUGGUGUCCAAAUCCUACCUGGGGGAACCAUCCCAAGAUCUUCCAGCGAGCGCUUCUGGAAUGUGACACCUAUCCAUACUGGCACCAGGAAAAGCGAGGUUUGGACUUUGAAGGCAUGAUGGCUGGUAUCCAGAAGAUGCAGGAGGGUGAGUGCAUCUUGCUCCAUGCAGUAGCCCACAAUCCUACUGGUGUGGAUCCUACCAAUGAACAAUGGCAGAAAAUCGUAGCAGCUUGCAAAGAGAGAAAGCUUAUUCCACUGCUCGACAACGCCUACCAGGGCUACGCGAGUGGUCAGUUGGCAAAGGAUGGCUACUCUCAGCAGUUGUUUACAGAAAGUGGCAUGGAGUUCUUCAUCGCCCAAUCAUUCGCAAAAAACUUCGGACUGUACGGAGAGCGCAUUGGCUACAUUCAUGUACGAUGUGCUUCGAAAGAUGCAGCAGAUGCCGUGUUGUCGCAGAUGAAGAUCAUCGUGCGUCAGGCCUAUUCGAGCCCUCCCAAGCAUGGUGCUUCCAUUGUGAACAAGGUCUUGACGACUCCUGCCCUGAAAGAGAUGUGGUUGAAGGAGCUGACCUUCAUGUCGAAUCGCAUCAAUGACAUGCGAGUGGCCCUGCGGAAGGCCAUUGAGGCGAAGGGGACUCCUGGAACUUGGAACCAUGUCACGGAUCAGAUCGGCAUGUUCACCUUCACGGGCUUGACCAAGGAUCAAGUUGUGCGCAUGGUGGAAGAAUUCCACAUCUACAUGACAUUGGAUGGCCGAAUUUCGAUGCCAGGAUUGAAUCCUUCAAACGUUGAGUACGUUGCUGAGUGCAUCGACAAGGUCGUGAGAGGAUGAUUUCCUUUGGCACCUCCUAGGUAGAUUACUUGAAGCUUACCCUGUGGACUCAACUGAUG